GAAAUGCACCGAACUUCACUUAGCUCACGUGACAUGAGCGUUUUGAACCACACCAGAGCCCCCUUUUAGAAAUUCCUUGACCAGACCACACACUUCAGCAGUGUAUCGAAACAUCUGCGCUUGGGAAGUUCGACAUAGCGUUGAAACGUCAGCUUCCCAGUUACUACUUGCAGGAGCUGGGCUAGGGAUUGGCCCGAAAGCUAACUCACAUAUUCGUCUUGGCUGAUAGCUGCUGAAUAUUUGUGAUUGUGUAGAGACGAUGAUGUUGAAAACAUGAAGAACCAUAACAUUUGUUAGGAUUUUUUUCCAUGGUGUCAAAGUACUCCAACUUCGGUGCAGUUUUUGUGACCCAUGGAGAAUUAUUUCCAGACAGAAGCCUUGAAUCUGGACAAGGUGCUGGAUGAGUUUGAGCAAAAUGAAGAUAAGACGGACAGCUCGACACUCUCUGACGCCAGAUGGACCCCGAUCCUGGCCCCUCCACCUAAUUUUUCUGUAGGCAGCCCUUUCAUCUUAAAACCAACGGAUUCUUCUGCUUCCUUGGUUUAUGGGCCCUUCAGGAAGCUGUCUCCAGUAUUGCAGUCUGAGGUCUGGAGUGAGGAUAAUAAUCUGUUGGAUAUCCACGGUCCCAUACUCCCUCAGCCCACCAUUGGCAAACUGCUGACCAACAGACAGCACGAGGGGUUCAACAAUGGCUACCUUUUUAGUGAAAAGAAUACCGGUGUCCCUGAGAAGAUUUUUGUCCAUGGCCAGGUCACCAGCACUCCAUCUGACAGUCCAGCAGUUAACAGAGAUGAAGGAUCUUUCUUGCACAAUUUGGGACAUGAGAAGUGGGGCAUGCUAGCAAUAAGGAAUGAGGCUUCAUCCACAGACAUGACAUCUGGAACAUGUGGAGAGGUCAGUAGUGGUGAGUGUUGUGGCUUAGGGCAGUCUUUCAUCCAGGACUCCACAUUAAUGGAUGACUAUGACAGGAGUACAACAGUAUCUGAGACCACUGAAUAUGGUAGUGGACCUGAAAACAAGGCGAUAGCAGAGAAUAGGAUGUACUCUGAUACUCUAAGAGAAAGGGAAAAGAAAGAAAAAAAGACAAUGGAAGAAGAUCGUCAGUAUGUAAAUGAGUCUCUCUCAAUAACAGCAAGACUGUCUCCUGACUGCUGCAAAUACAGACAAAUGACAUUAUCUCUCCAGUCCCUGGGUCCCUCUAAGGAGGACUCUGUGAUGGAGGAGAAGGAGGUGGAGGAGAGUAGACCGGAAGAGACCACAGAAGCAGAAAAGAAGCUUAAUAGUGGAGGUGCAAGGCCCAAACAGCCAGUCAGCCUUAAGCUUCCGCCGAUUUUAGGACAGGCUCAGAAUGAGUUUAGGGCUUCUGAGAAAACAGGGCACCUUGAUGUUCAGAACCAAGCCAAUAGUGUGGCUGCACCACCUUUAUUUCAUGGAUUAGAAGGCCGGUGUGACUUUGGGGUUGUCAGACUGAAUGAUGAAAACAGCAAGCCCUCUCCUCCCAGGCUUUUGGGGCCAUUUGAGAGCCCAGACAAUGACCUCAAAGCUGGACCGCGGGAGGCACUAUUUAAGGAGCCCCUUGGAGAAGUGGCCCCAGUCUGGGUGCCUGAUUCAAAGGCACCAAUCUGUAUGAAGUGUGAGAUCAAGUUCACCUUCACCAAACGGAGGCACCACUGCCGGGCCUGUGGAAAGGUGUUCUGUGCAGCUUGCUGCAGUCUGAGGAGCAAACUGAUGUACAUGGACAGGAAGGAAGCAAGAGUUUGUGUCACCUGUCACUCUACUUUGAUGAAUUGUAAGUUAGCACAAUCUGGGGAGAAUACAGUAAACUGCCGCUAUCCCAGGUCCAACCCCAACAACACCGCUGAGCCCUGCUCUGCCCCCCCUCACCUCCAGCAGACUGAGACCCAGCCACUCAGCUCAGCACACCUAUCUGUAACGCAGCAUAGCUCUGAAGACUCCCUCCCUGAUGACCAAAGAAGAUUAUUGUUUGCUGAUGGGGUUCAACGCAAUGCAGAGGCAACUGAGCAGACAUCUGCCACUCAGACUUUGGCAACUCAACAGUUCUCAAAUCAAACCCACGCAGUGAGUGGGACUGAGGUGGUUCAAGGUCAUAGAGUUGGACAAGUGAACCCGUUGGGCAACUCCAUCAGCCUGAUUCCUGCAGACGGACUUCCACCCAUUCUAAUCUCCACUGGCAUCAAAGGAGGUACGGGAGGCCACAGAACAGACUCUAAUGUGGAGGAGAAGCCUUCUGAGAGGGAGCUCAUGCAGCGGCUGGAGGAAGAUGGGCCUGACCCCCUGGUGUUCAUCCUUAAUGCUAACCUGCUGGCUAUGAUCAAACUGGUCAACUAUGUGAACAGGAAGUGCUGGUUUGUCACAACGAAGGGCAUGCAUGCCGUGGGUCAGGCGGAGGUGGUGGUGUUGCUGCAGUGCCUGCCGGAUGAGAAGACCAUUCCAAAGGACAUCUUUUGCCACUUUGUGCAGAUCUAUCAGGAGGCUCUUUCAGGUAACGUGUUGGGCCACCUGGGCCACUCAUUCUUCACUCAGAGCUUCCUCGGAAGUAAGGAGCAUGGAGGUUUCCUGUACGUAACUCCAACCUUCCAGUCUGUACAGGACCUGCUUCUUCUUCCCGAUCCACCCUACCUGUUUGGAAUCUUGAUCCAGAAGUGGGAGACUCCUUGGGCCAAGGUCUUUCCUAUCCGUCUAAUGCUUCGGUUAGGUGCCGAGUACAGAUUUUAUCCUUGUCCAUUGGUCAGUGUGAGGUUCAGAAAACCACUUUUUGGAGAGACCGGUCAUACCAUCAUAAAUUUGCUUGCGGACUUCCGUAACUAUCAGUACACACUGCCCAUGGUGGCAGGCUUGGUUGUUGAUAUGGAGGUUAGGAAGACGUCUAUUAAGAUUCCAAGCAAUCGCUACAAUGAGUUAAUGAAAGCCUUGAAUAAAUCUAAUGAGCAUGUACUGGCCAUGGGUGCUUGCUUCAAUGAGAGGGCCGACUCUCACCUUGUGUGUGUUCAGAGCGAUGAUGGCAACUACCAGACUCAGGCUAUCAGUGUUCAUCACCAGAUACGUAAAGUGACCGGUGCAUGCUUCUUUGUCUUCAGUGGUUCUCUGAAGGCUUCUUCUGGAUACCUGGCCAAGACCAGCAUAGUUGAAGAUGGUGUGAUGGUGCAGAUCACAGCAGAGACUAUGGAAGAGCUGCGCCGGGCCCUGAAGGACAUGAAGGACUAUAGCAUAUCCUGUGGCAAUACGGAACAGGAGCAGGAGCAUGUUCAUAUUCAGUGGACAGAAGAUGAUCAUAACUUUAAUCAGGGCGUCACCAGUCCCAUAGAUGGAAAGUCCAUGGAAUCCAUCAACAGCAUCAAGAUACUCCAUGGUCCUGAGUACAAGGCCAACGAGAAAGUCAUUCGCUGGACAGAGGUGUUCUUCUUGCGGAAUGAGGACCGACCCUAUGUCCUUAAUGACCCGGCGGAGCAUAGUCGUCUUUCAGAGAGUGUGGCACGGGCCUUCUGUGCGGCCCUAUGCCCACAUUUGAAAAUGCUGAAGGAAGAUGGCAUGGCCAAAUUGGGCCUGCGUGUAACCCUGGACUCGGAUCAGGUGGGUUACUUGGUUGGAAGUAAUGGACAACCAUUGUUGCCACAGUACCUGAGUGAUCUGGACUCUGCCCUGAUACCAGUGAUCCAUAGUGGGGCCUGUCAGCUGAACGAAGGCCCCGUGGUCAUGGAACUCAUCUUCUACAUCCUGGAGAUCAUUUUUUAAGACACCAACAACGUCAAGACACUAACCGAUAACAUGAAAUCUUGUGACGCUAGCUGAAUUUUUUGCAGCAUUCUUCACAGCUUUAAACCUCUGUCUCUUGCAUGUGCUGAAGCAUGAGGAGCAUUUUCAAUGAAAAUCAAUCACCCAGUGAUCAAUCACCCAGUGAUUGUUCUGUCUAAUCCUUGUUCUCCAGCCUUGAGAUUUGCAGUAUUUUGAGUAUGGAUUGAUUCCUACAGAGAAAGUGGAAAAAAGCCGAUCGAUUCCCCUGCAAUUUGCUUUUGACUCUUUUGUCUGACAGUGACUGAGGCUGUUAUUUUUUUAAACGCUGUUUGUAUGGGUUGUCAUCCUAACCAUAAGCUAAAAUAAAUCAAUAUAAUCAAUGAAUGAACUGGAAUCAAAGCUAUUGUAGAUGGAUUGCAGUAGAGAGUGGAGAUGACGUGUGUGGAAAGUAACUGAAUGGAUGGGGGAGAUGGGAUGAACAAUAAAACCUGUAAAACCC